GACUAUUAAAUCCCAUUCAUCAUUAAUUACAAGUAGCUGACAGAAACUGUGUUAGUAGUGUAACGUUUCUUUCUUUCUUUUGUAUGCAGGAGAGACAGGGAGAGAAGGAGGAUGUUAACCUGCAUUGCAUGCUCGAAGCAGGUGGAGGAAUCGGGUGGCGAAGAUGGUGCGCGUGGUAAUCCAAGUACGAAAGACGCCGUCAAAAGUCUGACAUCGCAGAUCAAGGACAUGGCGCUGAAGUUCUCGGGCGCGUACAAGCAAUGCAAGCCGUCCGUAGGUUCGAGCAGCAGCAGAGGCCAGCCAGCUUGCCCUGAUUUUGACACGGUCUCCCAAGGACUCCGUUACACGUACGUGCGAGGAGGAAGCUCCACCACCAGCUCCGCACCCGCUUGGGAUUUGACUCGCAUCAAUCGCGACCAUGCUGCUCCGGUGACCCAAUCGGACGGCGGUGGUGAUCCGGUUCCAGGAAGAGGCCUUGAGUCCAGCUGCGACGUGGUGCUGGUGGAUGAUGACGAGCCUAAGGAAUGGAUGGCCCAGGUCGAGCCUGGGGUCCAUAUCACAUUCGUGUCUCUCCCACAGGGUGGGAACGACCUCAAGCGAAUCCGCUUCUGCCGGGAGAUGUUCAACAAGUGGGAAGCGCAGAGAUGGUGGGGAGAGAACUACGACAGGAUAAUGGAGUUGUACAAUGUGCAGAAGUUCAACAGACAAGCUCUCCCAACCCCUCCUCGCUCUGAAGACGAGAGGGAUUCUUACUCGCGGAUUGGAUCUUCAAGGGAAAGCCCUGUAACUCCACCAUUGAGCAAAGAACGGUUGCUACGGACUUGUUACAGACCAGUCACUGCAAAAGGGUAUUUCCCAUCUGACUCUUCUGAAUACAGCCAACACCAUGGUACUGCUCCGAGUAUUUAUGGCCCAGGCAGCAAAGGAGAGACAUCAUCCAUCGAUGCGUCAAGGACCACGACUUCUUCAAGAGAUGAAGCAUCGAUCUCCAUCAGCAAUGCCAGUGAUUUGGAUACAGAGUGGGUUGAACAAGAUGAGCCCGGGGUUUACAUAACCAUCAGAGCUUUGCCAGACGGAAACAGGGAACUCCGACGUGUCAGAUUCAGCCGCGAAAGGUUUGGAGAGAUGCAUGCCAAACUGUGGUGGGAACAGAACAGGGAAAGAAUACAAUCACAAUACCUAUAGCUGGCGGUUGAUCCUAAAACUGGAAGUUGGGUUAUGAAUUAGGAAGUGCAUUCGUCGGAUGAUGAGAGUGCCAUCAUUGUGAACAGUACAUCCUCAGAAAAGAGUCUUAUUAUCCUCUCUCUCUCUCUCUCUCUCUCUCUCUCUCUCUCUCUGGUGAUAACUCUCAUCAUGUUCAAAGUUGUUACCUUCAUUGAAGUUGAUAACACAACCCAUGCUUUCACAAAUCCUAGACUCGAAGAAGAAGAGAGCGCAAGCUAACCAACAUCCAUCUAGUAAUAUAAUGUGACCAGAGAACUUCAGUCUGAAUCCAGCAAAUAUGGCACCAUUAUUUUUCUCUGAAUUUGAUAUGGCAUUUAGAACGAAUCCACCCUCAACAAUCGAGGCCUCCCAUCAUCCCAAUGUGUGGUCUGACCACAAUCCCUCAGGCUUUGUUUGUUUUACACAUUAUGAUGCACAUUAUUGUAAUGAUUACUUAUUACAUGAAAUUAUGGGUGCAUUGGGGUU